CAGACAGAUCGCAGCAGAGCUUAAUGUCUUUCGGUUUCUUUUUUAUAUUUUUAAUCAAAAUAUUACUUUAUAAAACUAGAAAAAUUAACUCUAUUUAAGUCAUUUGUUUUGUUUUUGAUAUUUAUUUGUUUUUUUGGUUUAAUUAAAUAAAAUAUUUUCGCAAUAGUUGAUCAGUAUUAUUGGUGUUUUUGUUUGUAAAAGAAAAAGAAAAAAAUAUAUUAAUCAAUUCCAUCUGCAAUGUAGUUUAACCUUCUCCGCCAAAGCAGCAUAUUUGUGUUAGUUUGUUUUCUUUUUGUUUAAUUGAACUUUUCUUGAUGCCUGAGAGAUUGGUUUAUGUUCAGCUUUCGUACUUUCGUACUGUUUUCAUUUUAUAAGAAAUUGUGUUUGUUUAUAUUUAUUUAUCAUAAAUAAUUAUUAUUAAUAAAAUUCAUUUUGAUGUUAAAAAGUGGUAAGUAAUCUACAUUUAAGAUUUUAUGUCAGUAAACAUUAUGCAGCAUGUGAAGCAAUAUCGAUGGUUCGUCAUUACAAGAGGUACCCCUUCCUUUGCAAUUAUUUACUAUUGAUGGAGAAAGCUGAGUGUUUUGGAAUGGUUAAAUGCAUGGAAUUAGCAGUCUUAACAUAUGUAUAUUAAGCAUUCAAAAAAUCAAAUUGAAAUAGGAAAAAACAACUACUGAAAAUGGGAAAUUCCGGAAGUGUCAACCAUAUGCAAUCGGGCCUUAAAGAACUUCACUCCUACUAUCAAGUUCAAUCGAAUGGUCAUAACAGCAACGCAGACGAAGACUUUGAUUUCUCUGAUAAAGCAAAUCCGUUGAUGAUUCAAAUAUCGACCAAUCGAGAAAGGGAAUUAACUUCAUUACCUGCUGCUAAGACAUUAGAAACUAAUAAUUGCAAUCAAAUCAAAGUCUUGCCAAUUGUAAGUUCAAAUCUUCGUUUAAGAUCCACUAGAAAUGGUGCUAUUUUACAUUCUGGUGGAACUAUAAGUGGCCGGAGGGAAUCAGUACUUUCUAAUCCGACUAUGACAAGAUCUAAAACAUUAAUUGCCGAAAAUUCAGAACAAUAUAUGAACAGAACUCAAUUUUCGACAUGUAAAAUACCGAUGACAAUGAUGAAUCAACGGUCAAAGACCCAACUGGAUAUAAAUAUACGAAAAGGAAUUCCUAAUACAAUUGCAGAUCAAAAUGUCAACUUAAGGCAUUCCACUUCCAAUCUCGAUUUGAGGAGACAAAGUACGUCUAAGGAAAAUAUAGAAACACAAUGCAAUGAUACUUUUCAAAAGCUAUCGAAAGCAAAGCUAAAAAAUAAAAAACGAAAAGCUCCUCCAGUUCCAGCCUCGUCAUCAGAAAUACCUUUCUUUGUUAUCAAUCAGAGUAACGAUUUAGAAAGAAAACAGAGAUUAUUCAAAACUAAAGUCGAAACAACUGCUAAUCUUGGAAAACAGCCUUUCAAACGUCAAAGUCAGCCCGAAGAGCAACUUUCGGAAGUCGUAAUGAAAACGAACUUAAGCCCUGGGUAUCGAAGAGAGAAGUCAUUCGAUGCGAAAUUGUUGUUAAUAGGCUCUUCAAGAAAUAGUCCAAACAUCGCCAAAAGAAAAUCUCUCGAAAUGACAAAGGCAACAAAUUUAUUACCCUCCCCGGUUGUUCUUAAUAGAAUAGAGAAAUCUAAUAUAACAACACACUUUGAAGGUUCUACCAAAUCACAUUUACGCUCAUUUAAAAAAUCUACAGAUCACUCAGCACGUCAAAGAGAUCCAAGUGAGGAAAGGCGAAAGUUUACAAUACCAAAUUCUAAGCCGAAUAGAUCUGAAACUCAAUCAAAAAUUCCACAACUAAAGAAAACUUUCUAUUUCGGAAUGGAGAGCUCCAAACGCAAACAAUUAGAAACGACAAAAAUAAUGCCAAACAAUUGUAUUCCAAAUGUUGAAAAAUUGGACGAAACAAGAAAUUCAUUCUUAAAAGAUCUUGACGAAGUUUAUUCAUUGAACCAUACAUUUGACAGCGAAAUGAAAAAUGACAAUAGCAUUCAACUCAACGUUCGGCCAACACUACCCCGUCGGCAACUAGAAAUUCCUCGUUUUAGCCCAGUUGCGGCUUGGCGAACAUUGUCCGCUGCCGAUGAACACCGAAAGGAACAACAUGCACAUUCGACAACAAUUUUCACUAGCCCUAGUCCGCCAUUACUGAAUGCCGCCAUUGAAACAGCAAAUACAUUUCUGUUUGAAGAUCGAAUUCAUCGCACCUAUCGUGAUCCAUGUCCGUUUUAUGCAGAUAAUAAAAGUGGUGACAGUGGUAUAUCUGGUGAUGAUGGUUAUAUGGUUGAGAAACCUAUUCAGCCACAAAAUUUGGAAUAUGUUCAGAAAAAUUUUGGCCACGAAUUAACUAAUUAUGACCGUAGUUACCCAGUGGAGGAGUUAGGUACGUCACCUAUGGAAUUAGUAGGACCAUUUUUGACAGCCUGGACACCGCAACAGGAUUUGGAGGAUGAAGAGGAUUCUAGUUUCGAUGGCGACAAAGUUAAAUUGACAGAAAACAUGGCCAAUUCUCUUACACCAAGAUCGCCGCAUGUCUUUAGUCUGUCAUUGCCAAGAGAAAUUCAAUUUGCUAAUUAUAGGGAAAAGAACAAACAGGGUUUUAGAAGCUUGCAAAAGCUUAAACGUACCACUUCAAUCGAGUCGAAUGUCAUCAAUGGAGGUUGUAAUCAGUCAUCAACAGGCUCCCAGAAUAACUUAAAGCUUUUUAGUGGAGAGCAUGUUUCUUUGGGAAACAAUUUUCGCAGUGACAACUGGGUCUUAAGCAAAACAACUGGAAUGACAGCAGCUGCUUCUAUGCACGUUAAAAAGGAUUCUAAAAAUGGUGUAAAUCGCAUGAAUUCCAAAACUAACAACAAUUAUUUUGAUAUGUCCGCUUCCACACAACCGAUAUCUUUGGGGAGCCUCGCUACUGGAAAACAUGUAAUGUACUUGCCAAAUCAGUCGACAGCUCAUGAAUUUUCAAAGCAGUCGAAAGCGACAAAAACUAGACCAACAAGACUAGAACCCACGGUUUCUAAAAAUAUUAAAUGUUUUGAUUUUCAAAAUUCGGUACGUCAAAACGAUCUAAGACUGGCAGACAAACUGUCAAAAAAAGCCGACCAUAAAGAAGCUUUCCGCAAAACUGAACUAGAAGUAAUGAGAAGAGUUGAAGAGGAAUUUCAGAAAAAACGUGCCUACGAAAAGGCUUCAAUUCGUCAACAGCUAAGAUUUCAUUCCAUGGAUGAUGACAACUUUAUGAGCCUCCCUAACAUAAAUGACUAUCGUGCUGAACCCGAUGGUGCUGUUUCAAGUGCAUCUGAGUCAUCUCUUGUGCGUAAAACAUAGGUUUUAAUUUUUGUAAAAAUUUAUAAAACUUUAAUAUUUCGAUCUGCGGAUAUAUAUAAUUAUUGCGAAUUGCGAUAAUUGAUUAACAACGUUAUUUUUAUUAAGUUUCAUACCAAAUUUUUGAUAAAUAAACAAUUAUUUAAUGUUAUCCCAA